AUGCACAGAAGAAGAACCAAAAUUGACAAAAUAUCUGCUGUUGUGGAUGCAAAUUGGAUGAGGGAAGAACGUGAGGCAUAGAAGAAUUCUCACACGCUCACCCUCUUCAUCGUCUUCUCUCAAAAUGUUGGCUACCUUCACCGUUGCACCAACCUAUUGCUCACUAUCACUCUCUUCUAUUCCUUACCUUCAAGCACGACGCCGUUUUGCUUCCUUCCUCUCUCCAACAACUAAAACUAAAUGCCUCUCCGUCGCCACCCACCCUCCGCUUUCCGUCGACCCCAACCCAAACCCGAAUCCGGACCCGAACCCGAACAAGGUUGUUCUGCCUUCUAACGAAUCGUCAGCGAGGCUUCUCAGAAUCCGCCACACGUGUGCUCAUGUGAUGGCCAUGGCUGUUCAAAAGCUUUACCCUGAUGCAAAAGUCACAAUUGGGCCUUGGAUAGAAAAUGGGUUUUAUUAUGACUUUGAUAUGGAGCCUUUGACUGAUAAAGAUUUGAAGAAAAUCAAGAAAGAGAUGGAUCGAAUUAUUGGUCGAAAUUUGCCCCUUGCAAGAGAAGAAGUUUCGAGAGACGAAGCUCAUAGAAGAAUAAUUGCUUUGAAUGAACCAUACAAAUUGGAAAUUUUGGAAAGCAUUAAGGAAGAUCCCAUCACAAUAUAUCAUAUUGGUGAUGAAUGGUGGGACCUCUGUGCUGGACCUCAUGUUGAAUCUACUGGAAAUAUAAAUAAGAAAGCAGUUGAACUUGAGUCUAUUGCUGGUGCAUACUGGAGAGGAGAUGAAAGGAAACCAAUGUUGCAAAGAAUAUAUGGUACUGCAUGGGAGAAUGAAGAGCAGUUGAAAGCUUACCUUCACUUCAAAGAGGAAGCUAAGCGUCGGGAUCAUAGACGCCUAGGGCAAGAUCUUGAUUUGUUUUCUAUACAGGAUGAUGCUGGUGGAGGUUUAGUUUUCUGGCACCCAAAGGGUGCUAUUGUGAGACACAUAAUUGAAGAUUUCUGGAAGAAGAUUCACAUGGAACAUGGUUAUGAUCUACUGUACACACCGCAUGUGGCAAAAGCUGAUCUUUGGAAGGUCAGUGGUCAUCUGGACUUCUACAAAGAGAAUAUGUAUGAUCAGAUGAGCAUUGAAGAUGAGCUUUAUCAGCUUCGGCCAAUGAAUUGUCCUUAUCAUAUUUUGCUAUACAAAAGGAAGCUUCAUUCCUAUCGAGAUUUUCCUAUUAGGGUUGCAGAAUUGGGGACUGUAUACAGAUAUGAACUCUCUGGAAGUUUGCAUGGCCUUUUCCGUGUUAGAGGGUUCACGCAGGAUGAUGCACACAUAUUUUGUUUAGAUGAGCAAAUUAAAGAUGAGAUCCAGGGUGUCCUAGAUCUUACUGAAGAAAUAUUGUUGCAAUUUGGUUUUGACAAGUAUGAAGUGAAUUUAUCUACAAGGCCUGAAAAAGCUGUGGGAGAUGACGAUAUAUGGGAAAAAGCUACAUCUGCUUUAAAAAAUGCUUUGGACGAUAAAGGUUGGACAUAUCAAAUUGAUGAUGGAGGAGGUGCCUUUUAUGGGCCAAAGAUUGAUAUCAAGAUUGAGGAUGCUCUUGGUAGGAAGUGGCAAUGUUCAACCAUACAGGUUGAUUUCAAUCUACCCCAGCGUUUUGACAUAACGUAUGUUGACUCAAAUACUGAGAAAAAGAGACCUAUAAUGAUCCAUAGAGCAGUGCUUGGAUCAUUGGAAAGAUUCUUUGGUGUUCUCAUAGAGCAUUAUGCUGGUGAUUUUCCAUUAUGGCUUUCUCCAAUACAAGCUCGAGUUUUACCAGUAACUGAUGCCCAGCUUGAAUACUGCAAUGAUGUGACUAACAAACUGAAAUCUUGUGGCAUCCGUGCUGAAGUUUGCCAUGGAGAGCGCCUGCCAAAACUCAUAAGAAAUGCAGAGAAGCAGAAAAUUCCAUUGAUGGCUGUUGUGGGCUCAAAAGAGGUUGAAACACAAACAGUUACAGUUAGAUCUAGAUUUGGUGGGGAGCUUGGAACCAUGUCAGUCGAUGAUUUUAUUAAAAGAAUAAAGUUGGCGACAGAAAAUUCAGCACCAUUAUGAUGUUUUUUCGGUUUGCAUACGGGGGUCAUUCCAUUCUUUUGUAUAUCAGAUUG